UUAGCACCCUGACGGCGUGCAAUCUAUCCAUCAUUCAUUCGUAUCUGAGUAGAGGGAAACGAAACGAUAAAUCAAUUUCUAGCAAGUCAAUUCCUAUCUGUCAAUCUUCUUCGCAUUUUAGAGGGAGAAAAUGAGACUCUUUAGAGAGAGAGAGAGAGAAAAAGUAGGCAAGAAAGACGGUCACUGACUAAAUAAAAGAUCACUCACUCACACACCCUUUCAAGAGAUCUCAUCGCCCGAUCUUUCCUUCCUUCCUUCCUUCCCCGCCGGUAGCUCUUAACUUGCUUAAGAUACAAUGGGUGCUUCUGGGAGAUGGAUUAAAGCAUUGGUUGGUUUCACCAAGUCUGAUAAGUCAAAGUCUAAAAAGAAGGAUGAUAAUGUGAAGACUGCAACCAAGAGCCGGUCUGGGAGAAACCAUUCUGUUGAUUUUGAUGCUGAAAAGUUUCAACUUGGAUUUGAAGAUUCCAAUACGCAUAGCAGCAUGUUAGAUAAUGGGGUCUCCACUUCAACUUCUUAUGGUGCUGCUAAUGAAGAACAAAGGAAGGAGCAUAUGGCUGCAACUCGGAUUCAAACAGCUUUUCGAGGAUUCCUGGCUAGAAGGGCUUUACGAGCAUUGAAGGGAUUGGUUAGACUUCAGGCCCUUGUUAGAGGACACGCGGUGAGAAAGCAAGCUGCUGUAACGCUUCGAUGCAUGCAAGCGUUAGUAAGAGUUCAGGCUCGUGUUCGCGCAAGACGUGUUCGUCUCGCCUUGGAAAGUGAAACGGGUCCGCAGAUUCUUCAGCAACAGCUUGCAGAUGAAGCCAGGGUUCGAGAAAUAGAGGAAGGUUGGUGUUAUAGCAUUGGUUCUGUUGAACAAAUCCAAGCCAAGAUACUAAAGAGGCAGGAAGCUGCAGCUAAGCGUGAGAGGGCUAUGGCAUACGCUUUGACUCACCAGUGGCAAGCAGGAACUCGGCAGUUAUCUGCGCACAGUGGUUUUCAGCCUGACAAAAACAACUGGGGAUGGAACUGGCUAGAAAGAUGGAUGGCUGUUCGUCCAUGGGAGAAUCGGUAUCUUGACAGCAACCUCAGGGACGAUGCCAUAUUAGCUGAAAACAAUAUGGAGCAGUCUGAGAAUGUUGUGCAUAAAACUCAGAUGAAGAUUGCAAGCAAGAUUCCAAACACUUCAAAUCUUGCGUCCGGUGUUUCAAGUCAGAAGGUAACCGGGCCAUCUCUGUCAGAUGGUAAUUCGUCUUCACCUGGAAUAUCUUCAAGCAUGCCGGUGCCAGUGGUGUCCAAGGAUAGGUCAAAGCUCGCUAAAGACGAUCUUGCUGUAGAAGUUGUUAACUCAAGACCUGGUGCUGGUCCAAGAUCACACAGCAAUCCAAAAGAAAGAUCAAGAGCGCCAGAUAAAGCUUCUAAGGAGCGGUUAUCUCUGCCAAACAGUGGAAAAUCCUUGGGACCUCAGUCAGCUAAAGCCAAAUCUUCCCAAAACCAGAAAAGACGCAACCCCGAUCCAAUAAAACAGAGGCUUGCAUAGCCCUGGCUAGAGUCUCUGAGAAUCGUCAGUCCAUCUAUCACUCCCAUCGUUCCUGUACAUACACAGCUUCUGAAAAUGGAAACAAAAAAAAAAAAGAGAAAAAGAGGAUAUCAUGUGAGAAUACAAUGGGUUACAUUCAGACUUGCUUGGUGGUACAUUGAUCAGAAGAGAACACCAUCGUCUUGGCGUCUUUCUGCUUUCAUUGUUGUUUGUUAUUUACGUGUCAGCCAUCCUUUUUUGUCCAUGAUUCUUAAAUGGAUUGGUAAGUAAUAUUAUUAUUAUUCAAGUAAAGUUGUUUGGGGUAUAUCUUGUGAGACAGUUUUAUGUUGGGAGGACGGACCAUGCUUCUCAUGGCCUUCCCAAUGUGAUAUAUAUAGUGUGUUGUAUUUGGUAUA